CAGAGCUUGAGAACAUCGUUUCUGGGUCGCUGUGAUAGACCGCGUUUAAAUCGAAACGUACACAUCAGGCAAUAUGAGAUCGAAUAAGCUUUCACGUGAAGAUAUUCCAGGUGACGAGAUUGACAACGAUCAGUCAGAUGAAAAAGUACCCCUUCUAAGCGAUAAUGUCACCGAGACUACAAAAGAGAAAAUAACUCGAGUUUAUGGUGCACUGAAGCCAUUUGUGAUCAUCAGCUCCUCACUGCUUUAUACCAUCACCGAUGGAGCUGUGCGAAUGAUUGUACUUCUUCAUGCCUUCAGCUUGAACUUCACAGCCUUGGAGACGGCCAUCAUGUUCUCCCUCUAUGAACUGGCUGGCGUCUUCACAAACCUGGUCGCAGGUGUUGCUGGUGCACGUUGGGGGAUAAAGUCAACUCUCAUUACAGGAUUGUGUCUCCAGUUCGUUGGUAUUGGCAUGUUGUUUGGCUGGCAGGAGAACUGGACCAAGUCAAUUGGCAUAGUUUACGUCACAGUGGCACAGAUGUUCUGCGGAAUAUCCAAAGAUCUCGUCAAACUCGGGGGGAAGACUGUUACAAAACUCGUCACUCCAGAAGAUAAACAGACACGCCUGUUCAAAAUAGUUUCUUUGCUGACUGGGUGGAAGAACACCCUAAAAGGCGUUGGAUAUUUUCUAGGAUCGGCUUUGUUAAUGAUUAAUUACUAUUUAUCAUUGGGGGUUAUGUGUGUACUGAUUGUAUGUGCACUUCCAUGGGCUAUAUGUGGACUCUCCAAAGACUUAGGCCGUACAAGACGGGAGAAUAUCAAGUUGAGUACAAUAUUCAAGAAAAACUUCAAUGUCAAUAUCUUAUCUCUCGCACGUUUUUUCUUAUUUGGAUCUCGCGAUCUUUGGUUUGAGGUGCCUCUUCCGUUUUUUCUUCGGAGCGACGACGGGAUUGGAUGGGAGCGGGCUGCAGUUGGAGCGUACCUUGCAGGCUGGAUAAUUAUAUACGGGCAGGUUCAAAGCUGGAGUCCGCAGCUACUUCUGAAGCCGUUGCGGCAAUCUCCAGCCAAUAAAUGGGUCUGUGCUCUGUGGGGGUUUAUUUUGAUAGUGUGUCCAGUGUUCCUUGGCUGUUUCCUGCAGUUCUCCCACGCCAUUCAAGAACAUGUUGUUGAAAUCAUGACUGCUGCCAUAACCGUUGGCCUUAUCAUGUUUGCUGUUGUGUUUGCUGUCAACUCGGCGGUCCAUAGUUACUUGAUUGUUAAAUAUUCGGAAGGGGACAAAGUAGCAAUGAAUGUUGGUUUUUACUAUAUGGCUAACGCCAUGGGAAGACUCACUGGUACGCUUCUUUCAGGUGUCCUCUACGACUAUGUUGGCGCUGCUACUUCCACCGCUCAGGGAUUCGCGUCCUGUUUCUGGGUUUCCGUAGGAUUUGCUGUCGUAGCUGCGUGUGUAGCCCUCUUCCUGAAUGACAAUUCAGGUGGAUUGCAAUGUGGGCCAUGUUUAAACUGUUUAAAUUCUAGGAGUGGUACAGGAGAGGGUCGCUAUGAGGUAAUUGACAAUAAAGAUGACAAUGAACCAACUCAGUCGUCAGCGGUGACACACACUGCCUAAGGUAGCAUACUAUGAGGUUAUUACAAGAAUAACUCACAGUAUGAAUGAAGACAGUACAGCUGGAGUAUCGACCGAUGCGAAGCGUCCCUUGGGCUCAUAUAUUUUUCUCAUUGAGGGUUGACACGCAUGUUGUUCGGCAAUAUCACUGAGAUUAUUCCAUUAUUCAUGUAUGUGUUUCCAUAUUUUAUAAUUGAACUUGUAGAUGAAUAUGAAUAAAGAAAUUGGAAACACAAUAAUACGAAUAACGAUUCCCAAUGAAGUUAUUUUACUUUAUUGUUGUGCUCUGACUCAUGUGUGGCUGUAAGACAAUUCCUUAUUCUGUCUGCCAACCUUUUAAUAUCUAUUAAUCUGCAAUUGUUUAGUUCAUGUGUGUAGAAUUGACAAAACAUUUUGUUAAAAUUUGUUUAAAAAAUCUACUUAAAUAAGAAGAUAUCAUUGGUUUAUUAAACAGGUCUCUAUCCUAAUUGUCGUACAUUCAUGAUGCAUUCCAUUAAAAAAAUAUCCUAGUUUACGC